UUGUUCAUUUGAUUUGGCAAAUUGAAUUGAUUAUCUUUGGCUUUAUCUUAAUAUUCAAUGAACUUGUUGCUGUUUUUAUUGUGGUCUAACGUUUUUUUAGAAGUGUAAAAAGUGGUUUUAAGGUUGCAUAUCAGGCUUGAAUUAAGGUUGGGAAUAUAAUAAUAAUCCUCCUCAUAAUAAUAAUAACGAAAUAAGUUGAUAAUUAACGAUAGUUAAUAAGAACAAUGAAUCAAUUACCAGAGCAAUCAGAGUCGUCUUCUGAUGCAUUGGAUCUUGAAGACAUUUGCUCGAUUUGUCUUGAUAAUCUUUUCUCAAAUGGCAGUGAUGUUAACAGCAAUGCAAAGAAGCAGUUGGUAGCAAGACUUGGGUCUUGUAACCAUAGAUAUCAUGAUAUCUGUAUUCGACCUUGGUGUCAAAAGUCUAACAGUUGUCCAAGCUGUCGUACUUCAUUUAAAAAAGUGGAUCUUGUUGAUGUUGAUGGAAAUGUUGUUCAUAAUUAUACUGUCGAACCUAAAAAACCGUCGAAGGUUUGCAAUGAUUUCAAUGAUUUUGAUGCUUCAAGUCAAUCAUUGAGUGAUGGUGAUUUAAGUUCCCGAAUCAACAAUUUGAUUAGAAACAGAGUUAAAUGUUCGCUAUGUGAUUCCGCUUCAUCGGUAACAACUGGAUUGGCAUUAUGUUCUACAUGCUCAUCGUGCUACCAUCCAAGGUGUUUGGGUGUUGGUUCAUUGGCUAUUGGAGUUCGGUCAUGGAAUUGUCCGAUGUGUGAUACUUUGCAAGAUAGUUCAUACACUUUUGUGACUGGUGUUAUUAGAGGGUCUAUAGUAAGAGAAAGCACGUUAAGAAGGUUGAAUGCAUUUGAAUACCAAUUUGAUGAAUGUGUUUUAUCUAGAGAUAAUAAUAACAAUAAUAACAAUAAUAAUAAUAGUGUGAAUAAUAGGGAUAAUGGGAAUAAUCGAGGAAAUGUUGAUUAUAGUAAUAGUAUAGUUGACGAUGUGGAUGAUUUUUGUCCGGCUCCUGUUUUCAGUACUAAGAGAAAAGGAUUGAGAAUUCGUUCAAAUCCUGAAGAUGAUUUUGAUUUUGAUUUUGAAGAUGAGGAUGGGUUUGAUAGUAAUAUUAAUAAUGCCGAUUAUGAUUAUGAUUAUGACACUUAUAGUGAUAAUGGUAAUGGUAACAAUAAUAACAAUAACAAUAAUAAAUAUGUUGAGAAAAAAGAUGAGACUAACAAGUACAAGGAGACAACUGAAGAAGAAGAAGCAUGGAAGGCAUUUGAUUUAUUUAGAGAAGAAGAAAAACGCAAUGAAGAGUUGGCAAGGUCAUCAUUAUCAAUGUUUUCAACUGAUUUGUUAUCAAGCAAAAACGAAGUGCCUUUUGUUAAAAAUUGCAACAAGAUAUCUAAAUCCAAAAGAAAUAAAAAUAGAAAAAAACGUAAUGAUAUUGAUAAAAGAAAAAGUGAUAUAAAUAAUAAUAAUAAUAAUAAUAAUGAUAAUAAAAAUAAAAAUAAUUAUGGGAAUGGAAAUGAAAAUGGGAGAAAACAAAGUACAGUAAAACUGUUAUUGAGUGAGAUGCAAAAUAAUAAAAAUAAAUCAUUUUUCUGCAAACCGGUUCUGAAUAAUUUUCAACGAACGUUUUAUGGACAAGUGUCACCACCAAUGUCUCCGCCAUUAUCACCACCAUCGGGCUUAUUAUCCCCUAGACAAACCAAGCCAUCAAUUUAUUCUGAUUAUAAACAACCAAGAUUUUUAUAUCAUCAAAGAAAUAAUAGAGAUUGCAAAGGCAAGGAAAAGGAAGAUUUGAUUGGGAUUAAAAAUAUUUUACCAACUUCGCCUCCCCCAAUUACAAGCGAGGAGGAAGAGUAUUUUCCUAAAUUUUGAAGGUGAUUAAAUGAACGAUUGCAACUAAUAGGAAAGUAAAUAAGAUAAAAAGAUAAAAAGAUAAAUGGGUAAAAAUAUUAUGAUGUUUAUGUUUAUUUUUAUUUUUAUUUUUUUUUGAUUUUAAUUUUAUUUUUUAAAUGUACAAUAUAAUGAUUUUUGUAUAUAUUUGUUUUAUAAUUGUUUGAUUUCUAUUUUAUUUUUGUCUUAUGUGUGAUUUUUUUAGGAUUGUUAUCAUUGUCUAGAUUUUUUUUAACUUUGAUGCUGAGGUGUUGCUUUUGGGGGUUGAUGGAUAUUAGUGUGCAUCUAUUUAAUGAUAAAUUUUGAAUUUCAAACUUGUCUUAUAUAUGUUAAUUUCAGUGUAUCAUGUCAUUUGUAUGCCAUUUUUUUGAGCGUUGAUUCUUCCAAUGUCAGCAAACGGCCGAACGCUUUCGGAAGUGCGAAAUCCAAAUUGGAUCGGAUGCACGAAAUUACGGUGGAGUAGGGGUCGG